GUAAGGGCGCUCUAUUUAAGAACUCCAUGAUUGACAGUGAUACUGAUGAAUUUUCACAACAUGUAUCGUGUACAAUUGUACCUUAUGUAGAACAACAACCUGUAGCUGGUAUUGAAGUUUACUUCCUGAGACAAUUGGCUAAUCCUUUUCGUGUUGCCUGGACUCUUAUCAAGUUGGGGUAUGAACCAUUGGCACCAGUUCAGUUCAGUUCGCCUCUUGUUCUAUUUGGUUUAUCAUCUCCAAUUUAUGUCUAUCCGAAUUUCUUUAAGUAUACCUAUCAUUUAAUGAAAACAAUAGGUGUUUGGAAUGUGCUGUCAACAGGAUUGUUUGCAAAUGCUACACAUGAUUUUAUUGUGGAAAUAUUUCGUGCAGCGUUUAGACGAAGAACAAAUAUAUGGAUGCGAACAGAAAAUAAUUUUCACAAUAAAAAACAGAUCGUCAUUCAUACUACUACUAAUCAACAAACCAAUAAAGAAUUUCAGGCUGAACGACUUUUGGAAGAGUCAAGACUUUCAGUUUUCUUUGAAAGAUUUACUGAGAUAUUAUCACUGAAACUUUGGGAAGUCUUAGUCAGUCAUCCAUUUUAUGUGAUUACUGUUCGACAGAUUGCAGCUUUGAUUGGCAAGGAAACUCAGUAUACAUUUUUUCCUAUGGCUGUUCGAGCUGUUUAUCGUGAAAAUGGUAUUUUAGGAUUUUUCCAGGGUUUUAUACCACGUUUAAUUGGUGAAAUGAUUUUAACAUCAGCUUAUUAUUGUUCUUGUCGUCUGGUCAGAUUAUUGAUAUUUGGAUUAGGUAGAAGAUCUACUGAAAAUAUGAAUAUUUUACGUGUAUUAUUAUACUAUACAUUACAUAAUUAUACUUAUCCAUUUGAAUUAACCGGUUGUGUUAUGGCUGUACAUGGUGCAAAUUUAAUUGGUGCUAUUGAAUCGAAUUCUUUUCAUCAUUGGUAUGAAUGUCAACGUUAUCUUAGUCAAAAUCAACAACUAAUUCGUGGUUGGCGUCCAUUUCUACGAAGUCAUGUUCAACAAAUUCAUUUACCAAAAUUAAAAAGUUAAUUUAAUGAAUUUGUCUAUUAUUACAUAAAUAAUAUAUUGUAAAAAAACAAACAUCUUGCAUAGAUGUUUCAUUGUAUUAUUGUACCCCAUUCUUCUAGUCAAUAUGUUUAAUGUAAUUUUUGUAUAGUUUCCAUAUACAUUAGAAAAAUUGAAUAAAGCUUGUAGCUGUGAUUAAAAUGAAAUUUUAUGCUCAUCCACCCCUUCCACUCUUCCCCACUCCCCCCAUCCCGAUUAUUAUUUACGUUCUUUUAUUUCUGUAAACAAUAAUGGUAGUGGAUCAAGUAGUGAAUCAAGUUAUGUAAUGAUUUAAGUGUUCCAGUCGUCGUCGUCGUCGUCGUCAAGAUUUCAGCAGAAAUUCAACAUUGAAUACCUAGAAGUUAGUGAAUGUUUCAAAUAAUUUGAUUGAUUUCAAUUUAAAUAAUUCUAAUGUUUUUUUUAUCUUGGUAAAACUGGUCUUUAAUUCUUCAAAGGGAAAUGAUCAAAGAAAUAAAUAUAGAAAUCAUAAAAUUUACAUAAUCGAGAAGAAUUUGUAGUUUAGGCGGAUGAUUUUGAUGGAGUUUUGUUGUCUGAAUUAGAUGGUUAUGUCGUGGUGCUUUCAUUGUGUUUUCUUUUCUUCUGAACAACAGUAUCAACGGAAAUUUCAGGUAGAAGUGAAGUGUUCGAAUCUCUUCACAUAUGACUCAUAACUUGUGUUGUAGACCUUGAUAUUGAUUGGCUACUGUUGACUUUUAACCUGUUAUUAAGUUGGAGAUGUUAGAUCCACAGAACUCACUUGAUAAAUACUUCAUUUUUGUAAUUCUAUUUUAUAAAUUUGGAUUUCUUGUUUUCGCGCCAAAAACGUUCAUUUUCGCCUUCAUGUUGUAUUUGUCACCUGAGAGGAUCUUAAACACUAUUAGUUCGUUGUACGUUUUAGUAUGCUAUUUUGUAACGCUUCUCAAGGACAUUUUUAUGCUGUAUAUAUACUCUUGAUUUAUUUUUGUUAUUGUUGUUAGUGCUUCUGACUGCUUGUGGAAUAUAUUUCCCUCUUCUGAACUUGGACUUUUCUCUCUACUUAGCAGGGCUGGUACGCGUCGGGAAUAGCUAGCUUAUUGGUGAUUGUGUCACAAGGUCUUCGUUUCGUUCUCAGAUUAGGUGAACUCGUAAUCUCUUCAAACAUAGCACAUUGUUUACUUUAUUUUGAUUGUAUCUCCCAUUGAUUUGGUUCUCGGUCCUAUAUUUGUCCAUAGUUUUUCUGAUUGGUUGAUAAAUUGGAUCAAUUUCAAUAUGUCUGUUGAUUGCUGAUUGAACUGUGUCCCAAGACUUCAUCAAAUGUAAUAAAAUUAGAAUUAAAGCUUAUCCAGUAAAAGGUCACUUUUGUUUAUAAUAGGUUAAUGAAACCAACUGAUAUAGUAAUUGUUUAUCCAUGUUAUAGAUGUCAGUAAGUCUCUCUGUGUGUGUAUGUGUGUGUGUGCAUGUAUCUGCAUACUGUUGUUAUUACUUACUUACGCCUGUUACUCCUAAUCGAGCAUAGGCCGCAGACCAGCAUUCUCCAACCCACUCUGUCCUCUGCCUUCUUUUCUAGCUCUAUCCAAUUCUUGUUCAUUUUUCUCAUGUCUAUCUCCAGUUCUCGGCGUAAUGUGUUCUUUGGUCUUCCUCUUUUCCUUUGACCUUCAGGGUUCCAUGUGCGGGCUUGUCUUGUGACGCAGUUGGGUGCUUUCCUCAAUGUGUGUCCUAUCCACUUCCAGCGCUUCUUCCUGAUUUCUUCCUCCACUGGGAUCUGGUUUGUUCUCUCCCACAGUACGUUGUUGCUAAUAGUGUCCAGCCAACGGAUCCGAAGUAUUUUGUGUAGACAACUGUUAAUAAACACCUGUAUCUUCUGAAUGAUGGCUUUCAUAGUUCUUCAGGUUUCUGCCCCAUACAGUAGAAUUGUCUUGACAUUUGUAUUGAAAAUCCUGACCUUGGUGUUGGCUGACAGUUGCUUUGAGUUCCAGAUGUUCCUCAGUUGUAAAUAUGCUGCUCUUGCUUUGCCGAACCGUGCCUUCACAUCUGCAUCAGAUCCACCCUGUUCAUCAAUGAUGCUGACUGUUGUUAUUAGAGAAUAAUAAGUAAUUAUCAUCAUUAUCUUUAUUUAUAAUCUGAAAGUAUAUUUGAGUAAUAUAAAUCAGUUGAAUUGAAAUUCAAUUCAAUGAAUGAAAAUGAUCAAUAAAUCAAAUAUAUAUG